GACUAACGCAACCACAACGCUUCGCGCAUGCCAUCCGCAUGCCGUGGAGAUCCUGCGCGUUUGCGCCUACCUCGCUGCGCGCUUACCUUGCGGGCGCUGCGCGGUUCGGGGCCCCUGCUGUGCUUCUUCGUGUCUGGUCUUUUCAUGGCUCGGCCGUGCUUUUCUUCGGCACAGCGCUGGAAGCUUCAGGUGGCCUAUGACGGUUCCAACUUUCAUGGCUGGCAGCCCUUGAAGGGCUUAAGGACGGUGCAGGGUACCUUGCUGGAUGCGCUGAAGCGAUCCCACCCGGAGCACGGCCGCGAGGUCGGCGAUGCCUUGCAGCUGGUGGGAUGUUCUCGUACGGACCGCGGGGUCCACGCAGAGGCGCAGGUGGCGCACUGCGAGCUGCGGCACCUCGAGGGCCUCACGGGCGACGUUCUGCGGCGGCGCUGCAACCGGCGCCUGCCGUCGGACGUGCGGGUGUUGCAAGUGGAGCAGGUGGACCGCAGCUUCCACGCGCGGCGCUCCGCCCUGCGCAAGUCUUAUCGCUACGACCUCCUGCUGGCCGAUGAGGCAUCACCCUUCGAGGCCAGGUACGUGUGGCCGGUCGGCGGUCUGGACCUUCAGCGACUGGCCUCGGCGGCAGGGAGUCUUGAUGGUCAGGAGCUGGAUUGCCGGACCUUGACGGUGAACUGGAGAUCCUCUUGCAAAGCUGGCACGGAGGUCUAUGACGAAGACUACUAUGGCCCACUGCAAAAACAGCUGCGCUGCCGUGUGACGCUGGACCCGGCGCGACCCGAACGGGUCUCGCUGUGGGUGGAAGCGGAGGCCUUCCUCUUUAGGAUGGUGCGGGUGAUUGCCACCGCGCUGGUCGCCUGUGCGCGAGAACCGCUGGAACUGGAGGUGAACGACCCAGAGAGCUUUGCCGCGACCAUGGAGUGCAUCAAAAGUCGGUGCAACCUGGCGCCGCCCAAUGGCCUCUUUCUGCAGAGCAUCACUUAUGCGGAGAGCGGCCAAAGCGAAGAACAUUUGUCUUUGUGGCGGCCUGUUUUUUGGGCGGACUCUGAACAUCCCUGAACAACCCACGUCGGUCUUGUGUUUGCAGCGAUGUGAUGCACGAGUUCCAAUGGGACGAGUUGGGUUUGUCCCAGGGGCACUUGUAGAGCCGUCGGGAUCCACAAGAACAUCAUGGUUUUAGAGAUGGAAAGGCCUGCAACUUGAGUCUAAUCGUGUGUUCCAAAAUCAGUCGUCUGCCUAACCUAACUAUCAUCCACUGGGAUAUAUUGAAGGGAUGGCCCCCAUUUCCACUGGACGUGCCAAAGAAGCUGGGCAUUCUUCGAUGAGAAGUCUGUCAUGGUACUAAGCACCAAAAGACCAUUUCCAAGGAUUUAAGCCACUGUAUAUAUCAUGGGGCGUGACCCUGUACUAACCAUGCUGGUCAGAUGCGACUGACAACUUUUAGGAUACCA